UCAGUCCAACGUGGUUCCUUCACCCAAGCUGCUGGUCCUUUCCCUUCUACACUUGUUUGAUUUAUGAGGAAUCAAAGAUGAACUUGGAGCAGGAGAGGCCUUUUGUCUGCAGUGCCCCAGGCUGCUCACAGCGUUUUCCAACAGAGGAUCAUCUGAUGAUUCACAGGCACAAACACGAAAUGACUUUGAAGUUUCCUUCAAUAAAAACAGAUAAUAUGUUAUCAGACCAGACUCCUACACCAACCCGAUUCCUGAAGAACUGUGAGGAAGUGGGCCUCUUCAAUGAUAUUGACUGUUCCUUAGAACACGAGUUUAGAAAGGCACAAGAAGAAGAGAACAAUAAAAGGAAUAUCUCGAUGCAUAACACAGUUGGAGGAGCAAUGGCAGGACCCGGAACCCACCAGCUCACGAAUACUAGGAUGCCAAACCAUGACACCAGCGUUGUGAUUCAACAAGCCAUGCCAUCUCCACAGUCCAGCUCGGUCAUAACACAAGCACCUUCCACAAACCGACAGAUCGGGCCUGUCCCAGGUUCUCUGUCUUCACUACUACACCUACACAAUCGACAAAGACAACCCAUGCCUGCCUCUAUGCCUGGCACCCUGCCCAAUCCUACCAUGCCUGGAUCUUCUGCAGUACUAAUGCCAAUGGAGCGACAAAUGUCAAUGAACUCCAGUAUCAUGGGGAUGCAAGGCCCAAAUCUCAAUAACCCGUGUGCGUCACCCCAAGUCCCUCCAAUGCAUUCAGAAGCCAAAAUGAGGUUGAAGGCAGCAUUGACUCAUCAUCCUGCAGCCAUGUCAAAUGGAAAUAUGAACACCAUGGGCCAUAUGAUGGAAAUGAUGAGCUCCCGACAGGACCAGACACCACAUCAUCAUAUGCACUCACAUCCACAUCAGCACCAGACACUGCCACCUCAUCACCCAUACCCGCAUCAGCACCAGCAUCCAGCACACCAUCCCCAUCCUCAACCCCAUCACCAGCAGAACCAUCCACACCAUCACUCCCACUCGCACCUUCACACACACCCGGCACAUCACCAGACCUCUCCACACCCGCCACUGCACUCAGGUGGACAAGCACAGGUUUCACCAGCGGCACAGCAGAUGCAGCCCACUCAGACAAUACAGCCGCCUCAGCCCACUGGGGGUCGCCGGAGGAGGGUGGUGGAUGAAGACCCAGAUGAGAGGCGGCGGAAAUUUCUGGAAAGGAAUCGAGCGGCUGCCACACGCUGCAGACAGAAGAGGAAGGUCUGGGUGAUGUCACUGGAAAAGAAAGCAGAAGAACUCACCCAGACAAAUAUGCAGCUUCAGAAUGAGGUUUCCAUGUUGAAAAAUGAGGUAGCACAGCUGAAACAGCUAUUGUUAACACAUAAAGACUGUCCAAUAACAGCCAUGCAGAAAGAGUCGCAAGGAUAUAUAAGAUAAAUUCUAGUUUUCCCUGGGCUACUACUGGAGACUAUGUGUUACACCUGCCUUUCUUCAACCUAUUGCAGCUGUCAUCAAAGUCACUGCCAGUGAGCUAUCAGAAUGACUCCCCAGCCUUAUUUCAUGGAAGUUAACAGUACAGAUGGAUUAUCCUGGCCACGUUUCUCAUUCAAAAUGAAGCAUCCACAUGUUAAACAUUUCUAUGUACAGCAUCACUCACUGUGUGACAUUGAAAGAGAGUAUGUUGGAAAGCCCAGCCAUGGAUGAAUGCAAUACUUUCCCCAAAGUGCUGUGUUGUGAUUCAAACAUUUCGUCCCCCUGAGUCAAUUUAUGCAAGCCAUAUUCAUAACACUGCCUGUGGGAGACAAGUAGUUUGUGUGCUAUCAUGUUGUGUUUCUAGGACAAUGAUGAUGAGGAGGAUGUAGAGAAUUUCUUGCUGUUUGGAGUUAAUUCAUGCAGUAUAACUAAAUGUAUGCUGCCCAUGUUCUGAAUAGUGGAAAGUCAAUGGUUCAAUUUCAGGUGCUUACUUGCCUCAAUAUAUAUGGAUUUUAGCAUGUUAACUGAUCUUGUCCUGUUAACUAACAAAACCAGCUGUAACUGUUGUCAAAAACCUGUCUUUUGGGGGAUUUGUAUUUUUUUAAGUAACAAUAUUAAGUGUUUAAAACAGCCUUUUAGUUAGCAUAGAGUGUGCUUUUUAGCAGCUAACAACACAUUUUUUAAAAAAAAAGUAUAUAGUGAAUUUAUGAAAAUUCAUGAGGACCAAAGCAAAAUUUAAACAGGAAUCUAUUAAUGUAGUAUUCACAUAGAAUUUUAUAAAGUAUUUAUUAAUAAAUGUUAUUUUAACACAUUCCAUUUGAACAGUAUUCUUGUAUGGAAUCUGGUUUUUUUUAAAGUUACAAUAUUAGUUUUGCAAUAAACUACUCUAGGUGUAUGUGUAUCGUAAUCUUUUAGGGUCUCGAGCGGAAGUCGUCCAUCUAAGAUGGAAAGGUUUGCUGAGGUCUAUUGUACAGAAAUUCCUAGGAUUAAUUGUUUUCUUUAAAGCAGCAUCUGCUUUUUGUAACAACAAAAGUUAUGAACUUACACUUGUUUCCUCUUUUUUUGAAAAUGCUGUUCUCUCAUUUUAGAAAGCACAGGUAAGCUAAAGGGAAAUAAUACAUAAAACUGGAAAGCCUGUCUUUACUAGGAUGAUUAUAUAUAUCACCAAUGGAGAUCUAAUGCCAUUCUUGCUUCUUUUCUAAUAUUACAUAGUGAGUUGCACUAUACUGCCUUACCAUUGCCCCUUCUGUCUUUUACUAAGCAGUGUUGCGUAGCUUAGUUUAGACCAUUGAAGCUCCAUUAUAUAUCAGAUAAAAUUAUUGGAGGGGGAAGAAAAACUAUUUUAAUUUGUAUAAAUAAAAACUAAACAGUGCCUAUAAAACAAAACCAGUUACGACUAAUUAAUAUCUCAGUUCUACAUUUCAGUUAUUUAUAUUAUUUUACAAUUGCACUUUAGCUCUCGCUCUCUCUUUCUCGCUCUCCCUUAUUGAAUCAUUUAAACAUUUGCACCAGAUACAUUUAUAUGCUUUCCCUGUUGGCAUAUCUACCGUUUGUCUGUCAGACCCGCCCAAAUGGAGGACGGCUAAGAGAAGCUGAGUGCAGCCAAUCUGCAACAUGACUUAGACUUUACACCUUCUUCAUGAUGGUAUAUAAAUGUUUUAUUAUGCAAAGUACGUGAGGCAGCAUCAAAGGUAUAUUUACUUAUAGUUUAUCUCACCCUGAGAACCAAAGUGUCCUGUAUACUGUAUGGCAGGAGACUGGCUCUUUUGUGCAUUAUACUGCCCUUUGACUGUUGUCCAGCCCAUGGUAGCUAUUGAUCUGCAGCGACAACAAUGGCCAUACAAUGUGCUUGAAUUUUAAGUCCAUAAAAUAUAAUGUUGCCUCGUAACUUAAUAGGGGACAGCACCUUUAAAAUAAAAAAAGACUAAAACCUAAGAACAAACAAAAGGAAUAAAAAUCUCCUGUGGAAAAAAGCUCAUUCAUCUGAAGUAGUCACCAAAGAUGAUAAAGUUUGUGUUCACGUGUGACCCCUUCCUACUGCUUGUGGUUAUCUGGUUUUUAUCACUGGCUUUAUGCUUGGAGCUAAAUUGCUUCCCAGGGCUUGUUUUCUCUUCUGUGAGUCUUCCAUACCUUUCAAAACUACUUUUCAGCAAACUUUAAAGACAAUGUAAGGCCGAAAUGUCAGUGUGGGCUAAAAGAUUAAUUCUCUACAUGGGAAGUCUGAUCCCUUUCCAAGGUUUUCCUUGGCUAGGAAUCAAUAAUUAUGAUCAGUUAUAGUUAGACCAAUGUGUAAUAUCUGGUAUACAGGAUCUGUAGGCCCAGUCUUAAUGCAAGCUAAACAUUGCUUAUGUUAAGUUUUAUGAUGCGGAACCAUUUCAAAACCUUUGUAUUAUUUUAUAAUGUAGCGUUGGCCUUUUGUCACAUCUCUAAACAAAAUAUUAUCCUCUGAGUCUGCUUCACACAUUGAAAAUUGUAGCUUUCCAGUGAUUGCAAGAAAAAUAACAAGAGAAGGGGAAAACCAGUGUUGAUAGUAAAGGGAAAUUUUGAGGGGAAAUGGAUUUUCCAUCCCUCUCUCCCUGGAGCCUGCUAAAAGAUCCCUGGCAGUGACAACUUUUACCACGGCUCAGAAAGAUACUUCUGAAAGACAAACCAUUUCUGCAGCCCUUCCUCGGGCAAAACUCAAUGAUGUUGAUUGCCUGAGUAAGGACUUCAGGAUUGGGACCCAGGUACUUCCCAAUCCAUAUUCAUGGGCUUCCCCUCCAUAUAUUGCUCAAUUUAAACACUGAUCAGUUGCUUCUUUUAAAUAUAGUUACUAUACAAGAACAUUGAUUUUUAAAGAAACUUUUAGCACUGCUUGGAGUAAGCCUAAACUAUGGAAGUCUAUAGAUAUAUAUUAAAAAAGAAAGGUGCUGUCACUUUAAGUUUUGGGCUUGAGGUUGUUUGUAUUGUACUAAAGGUUUUGUGUUUGUCUGUUUGUUUUAUUCUGUAAAGUAACCACCUUCCUCACUGGAAGGAGAGAAUUUUUUUUUUUUUGGUACAUAAGUGUAAAUACAUGCUGCGGCAUUUAAUAUGUUUAAUUUUAUGUUACGCUUUUUGUUGCGUCCUGAACACAUUUAUUGUUACACAUGGACAAUGCGUUCAUUGAAACUGUUCAACUAGUUCAGAUUUUUACAUCUCUUUCUAGCUAGAAGAGACAAGAUUUUGUGCAUUUGUACAAAUGUUAAUAUCACUGCAAUUCCAAUAUAAUAAAGCACUCAAAUGCAAAUACUG